AAUUUCUACGGGGAACAAAACCUGCGGCAACAGUCGAGAGGUUUCCAGAAGCGAGCACACGCGUUUCAAACACAUUACACACCCUGCCCGAGUCGACCGUGUCAAUCAUUGCCAUCUGAAUAUCUGCAUUUCCUCUGAAUCAACAUGGCGAAGUGGGGAGAAGGAGACCCUCGCUGGAUCGUGGAGGAGAGAGCGGAUGCCACAAACGUCAACAACUGGCAUUGGACGGAGAGGAAUGCCACAAACUGGUCAUCAGAGAAGCUGAAGGAGCUGCUCAUGGGGCUGCAGGUGGAGAGUGAAGAAGGCAGGUGCGAGAUCACAGAAGUCAGCAAGGUGGAGGGAGAGGCAUCCAUCAACAACCGCAAAGGAAAGCUUAUCUUUUUCUAUGAAUGGAAUCUGAAGGCCUCCUGGACAGGGACAUCAACAUCAGGCAUUAAAUACAAGGGGAACAUUGAAGUUCCAAACCUUUCAGAUGAAAAUGAUAUAGAUGAACUUGAUAUCAGCGUGAGUCUUUGUAAAGAUGAGCCUGAAACUGGGCUGCUUUCUCUGAUGAGGGGGGAGGGUGUCAGUAAAGUUCGUACAGCGCUGGCUGGCUAUGUUGGACUCCUCAAAACAGAGUUAACACAGGGCAUGAUUCUGCCCACAGCCAAUGGUAUGACAGAAAACCAGCAGGCAGCCCAAGCGAUAACCAAGGCAAGCAAAACUCAGAUUGGCUCGUGUGACUCUGCACCACCUCCUUCCAUCACAGGGGUUAAGAUCCCCACCUGCAAGUUUUCACUGAAGGACACUUUCCUCACCUCACCAGAAGACCUUUACAGGGUUUUCCUCAAUCAAGAUAUGGUUCAGGCUUUCACACGCAGUGGUGCUGUUGUUGAGGCUGAGAAAGGUGGGAAGUUUCGCCUGUUGGACGGUAACGUGAAUGGCGUGUUUCAGGAGCUGGUACCUGAGGAAAAGAUAGUCAUGAAAUGGAGGUUCAAUUCAUGGCCUUGCGAGCACUAUGCGACGGUGACAUUGAUAUUCACAGACAAGGGUAACGAGACAGAAUUAAUGAUUGAGUGUCGGGCAGUUCCCAAGAGUGAGGAGGAACGAACACGAGAUGGCUGGGAGAGGUACUACUUCCAUGCCAUUAAACAGACAUUUGGCUACGGUGCACGACUCUGCUGAGCCCAGGAAGUAGCCACCACUGUUUUUGCUUUUAUUGUUUUAUUUUCCUUCAUUUCAGUCCACGUACAAAUGAGAUGAUCUGAAUGUGACUCUACUGAACAGCAGACAAUACAUUGCUCCAUUAUCAACAUGUCCCUGUCUGAUUUUGAUGUUUACAGGAAAUUAAAAGAAAACAUUGAAAAGUCUGAACUAAAAGAGUGCUAAGAGGGGGAGACAUGAGUCAUGAAAUAUCUGUGUAAUAUAGUUCUUAAUUUAGCACGGUAACUCUGGUGGCACUCCAGUCAUGUGAAGGUUCAGGGUUGAAUGAUGCCUUUUAUGCACUGUGGUUUUUGAGAAGUUAAAACCCAGUCAUAAGUUACUGGCCCUCAUGUUGUUCCAAAGCUAUAUGACUUUUUUCUUUGGAACACAAAAUAGUUCAGGCCGCAGCCACCAAAUACUUCCAUUGUGUGAGAAAACAUAAAUGCAAUUUGACCGUAACUCCUGAACAUUUUGCUGAACAUCUCCUUUGGUGUUCCAUGGAUGAAUGCAGGUCAUGCAGGUAUGGAACGAUAAGGAAAUUAGGGGGUGAAAUUUUGGGGGUGAGCUAACCUUUUAAUGGGGUUACUUUUUGAAAAGAUUUUUAAAGUUAGCUCACAAAGAACAACAAAUAAACAUUUUCAGUCCACUAAAUAACUUUCUAAUUGUAUGAGAGAAGGAAUUGGACAGAUUGUGGCUUUAUUCAUGUACAUUCUUUGUCAUCACAUUAUCAAAUAGUAUUAUGAAUAUAUGUAUUUUUACUCCGCAAUUUCUAUUCAUCAAGAAGAAUACAAGCUUCAGAAACCUUUUGUGUCAAACAGACUAUUAAAAAUCAUGUGCAACAACAAUUUUAGCUUUUUUUAUUUGCUGGAACUUUAUUUUGCAAGUUUACCUUAUUUCAACCUUCAUAGGAAUUUGGCUGGUUUUCAGCUGCUACCAUUUGAAAAUUAUACAUUUGAAAAAGGGAAGCAAAAACAGUUGCUCAGUAAGCGUUCAAUAUCUUGCCCCAAAUUAUGAUCCAGAAAAAGGUUUGUAGCCUAUUGAGUUUAUUUUCUUUUUUCUGCAACACACUUUGUGAUGAAACAAAGAGCUUAAUUUACUUAAAAUAAAAGUACCAUUGAAACAUCAUCCUCAGAAAUUUUAUUCAGCCAUAAUUUUGCAUUAUCCUGGGAUAGAUCCAUUUUUUUCUACUGCAGCUUUCCUCAUAUCCCUCAUUAAUUAGGUGAGGAGUAGAAUAUGCAUCUAUACAACAUUGUGUAAUAUUGACAUAAAUCAUUGUUAAAAUAUACCUUAUAGAACAUUCACUAUAAAAUACACUUGACAUGGUUACAAUAUGCUGCUUAAAGAAAAUAACCUGUGGAUAAUUUUAACAAACCACUGACCUGCAUUUAAAGCUGAUAGAAAUAUAUUGACAUUAUAUAUUUUCUUGAUUCAAAUCCUCACUCACAGCUUAGA